AGCCCCGUGAUUUACUCACAGAACUCUGCCCACUGCAUGACUUUCUGGUACCACAUGUCUGGCGCACACGUGGGCACCCUGAAGAUCAAACUGCGGUACCAAAAGCCAGAUGAAUAUGACCAGGUGCUGUGGACCCUCAGCGGACACCAGGCAAACUUCUGGAAAGAAGGACGCGUUCUUCUUCACAAGUCUGUGAAACACUAUCAGGUGGUUAUUGAGGGAGAAAUUGGAAAAGGAACUGGAGGAAUUGCUGUGGAUGAUAUUAAGAUUGACAAUCACGUAGCACAAGAGGAUUGCCGAAAAUCAACUGAUGUGAAGAAUGAAAUAGAUGAAGAAGACGACCCAGAGAGUAAUCAAACAGGGUUUACACCUCCGUACCAUACAGGCGAGGACUACGAUGAUAACAUCUCCAGGAAACCAGGCAACGUCCUGAAGACCCUAGAUCCAAUCCUUAUUACCAUCAUAGCCAUGAGUGCACUUGGGGUGCUUUUAGGAGCCAUCUGUGGAGUUGUCCUGUACUGUGCCUGUUGGCACAAUGGGAUGUCAGAGAGGAACUUGUCUGCACUGGAGAACUACAAUUUUGAACUGGUCGAUGGUGUAAAACUGAAAAAAGAUAAACUAAACACACAGAAUUCAUACUCGGAAGCGUGAAGGUAUAAAGCGACUGGAGGAAUUUCAGAGAAUCGGGAUGGAAGGACAUAGCUCGGUCAUGCUGGGGAACUGUUGAUCUUCUUUUACUGUACAGGCUGAAAAGUGCAUUGAUGACACUGAGCCAAGCUUUUCUCAGGAGCUUCAAUGAGUGUGUAACCGAUAAACAUGGACAACAAUCUGUGUUAACAAUCUGAAUCAUGUACAGUCUGCUUUUUCUGUUGGUUUUAUUUGAAAUAAUCAAAUGCUGGUGUUGAGACCAAGUAUGAUUGACUUAUAGUUCAUUUUGUCUUUCUUUCUCUCCCUCUCUUUUGUUUUCCGUUAAUGAUUUAUUGGGUUUUUUACUGUGCAAAAUCCAAGAUGCUGUCACAAAAUGUAUUCAGUGGGGUCCUUUGGGUGGACAUGCUGUCUGUAGCUCAGUGCCCAGAAAAUAUUGGAGUAACAGCAAUUUAGUGGACUCCUGCACCUGUAUUUGUGUAUAAUUGCUCGUGUUGUGCAUAGGCGAAGAAGGGUUAGGAUUUUUUUCAAAGUACUGCUGCAUCAGUACUGAUAUAGUGUGUCAGCUCUGUUUACAAAGCAAUACAGUCAAAUUUUAUUGAUGUUUUUCAGUGUUGUACUAAAUUUUGUGCUUGUGAACUCCAUAAAAGAUUAUGUGCCAUCAUCAGACACAACUGGUAACCGAGUGUACUGCCUAAAAACUAAACAAAAAAGUCCUUGGCACUGGCUAGUGUAUGUCCUCUCAAGUGCCUUUUCGUUUGUACUGCUUCUCAUUGUGUUAACAUUAACUACAGCCCUGCUUCUCCACAGUUACGCCCUUGUCGUUAAUCAUAUUCUGAUGGCUCACUGACUAAAAGAAAAAUAUAUUUUAGUGUAAGAAAGUAGCUUCAGAAAGGCAAGGGCUAAUCAGAUUUGACAACCUGGCUCGAUUGUUCUGCUUUCUGUAUUUCAUGUCUCUUGACCCUUUUGUAUAAAGCUGCAAUAUCCCCUUUUAUUGUUCUUUCUUUCAUAUAGAAUGUAUUUUCAAAUGUAAAAUCUCUCCCCCUUUCUCGUCUCUUUCUCUCUCUCUCUCUCUCUCUCUCUCUGGGUAGAUUGCAUAAGCAUUUGCCAUUGCCAAGGAAAGAAAACUGCAGCUUUAACUUGCUGGUAAUGGCAAAGGAUUUUAUUAGAGUUUGUGUUGAAAAUAAGGGAAAAUUCUUAACUUUACCCUCCAAAGUAGAACUUUGGGUUUCUUCUUAACAGCAUAAAGUGACAGUAUCUUUUUUCCUGAAGUCAUGAAACAUGUCUUUUAACCUGGACAGCUUGCCUGUUAAUUAUUCUAGGGAAAAUUAUUCCCUUACUGAAAAGAUUGCCUUUAAAAUAAGAAACUUUUCUCCUCCUGCCCCUACCUGAACCCAGAGUUCUCUUCUCUCAGUAAAUAUGUAUUUUAAUGCU